AUGUCGUCCGCCGGCUCCCCAGUUGAAAAGCCUGCCAAGGCAGCCUCCAAGCACACUCUCGGCUCCCUCAGGGGCCCGCUCGCUGGCAGCGACGCCGAUAUCGAGAGCAUCGAGAAGACACCAGGCGAUGUGUCUCUCGUCGAGCCGAAGCUGAAGCAGAAGAAGACGCGGCGAGUGAAGCGGCAUUUCGCGCGGUUCUGGUGCUGCUAUGUCUUUUGGAGCGUCAUUUUCCUUGCCAUCUUCUUGCCGAUUUUCUUCCUCGUCGUCAUUCCUGCCAUCGCACAGUUGGUUCUCGACAACGGGACGCUCCUUCUCGUGAAUGCGACAAUCCUUGAGCCCCGGCCUGACUCGAUUUUGCUCACGCUGGAGGCUGCUCUUGAUCUCCCAAUCUCGCUGCCAGUGCGAAUCGACCCGUUUCUUCUGAGCAUCUAUAACCAGGAUGUGGAAGGAAACAACACGAUCUUCAGUUCCGAACUUGCUGGUACCGUCAUUGACGGAAACACAACCCUCGGGGUUGAAAGUGUGCACACGCCGGUUGAUGUAAAGCUGUGGACAGACUAUGUCCACAAAGUCGUCUUUACGCCGCACGCGCCAUUGCCGGUGAAGGGUGAAACAAAUGCGUACCUUGGUAAACUGAAGAGCCAUGUCAAGUUGGAUAAGAAUAUUCAUCAGAAUACCCUGAACCAAUUCCCGGGGUUCUCUAUUGAGGAUCCAUCACUGGUGUUCAACGAGACCGACUACAACCUGGUAGCCAAAGCGACCCUCCCUAACCUGUCGGUCAUGACUUUGCAAAUCGGAACAACCGUACUGGACCUCAAAGCCGGAAACUACACCCUGGGCAACGCAACCAUUGACGAUCUCAUACUCUACCCAGGUAACCACUCGUCUCCAGUGACGGGCAUCCUCGACCUCGACUACCUCGUGAGCAACCUCCACGGUAUCCUCGAGACGCAAGGGGACGCCCUGAGCCGAGGAUUCCUGCGGCUCGAUGCGGUUGGUCGGUCGGCGACCUAUGACGGCGAACUGGUUCCGUAUUACACAGAGGCCUUGCAACAGCUCACGCUGACUGCGGAAGUUGCGCUUGCGGGAUUGGUGCUCAACACCGUCGAGGGGGUCAUUCGUCCCAACGGGACGAACAUUUUCCACAACCUGACAGACCCGAACGGGCCAACAAGCAUCCACGAUAUCAUCAACUCUAUCGACGAUCCAGAUGGGAGCUUGGGCCUGAAUAAAACGAGACCGAACUCAUAG